AUGACAAUGAAACACUUCUUGUAUUUGGCUGCCACUGCUGGUUUCCUGACUAUUUUGAUUGUAAGAGCAAAACCAGCUCCAGUUCCAUACAACACACUCCUCACUGAAUUGGCAACUGUCCAAGAAGAAAUCGUUACUGUACAUAACAACCUCAGGAGAGGGGUAAUUCCAUCAGCCAGCAACAUGCUGAAGAUGGACUGGAGUGAGGAAGCUGCACAAAAUGCCAGAAUGUUGUCAACACAGUGCGAAUUAAGAGAGAGCAGCGCACCUAGGAGGCGAAUUACAAAUACUUUUUGUGGAGAAAAUAUGCAUUUGACAUCUUAUGCUAUCUCAUGGUCACAUGUAAUUGAAAUCUGGUACAACGAAUCUAAAUAUUUCAAGUAUGGGGAAUGGACGUCAAUGGAUAAUGGCAUAACAAUUGAGCAUUAUACUCAGGUAGUUUGGGCCACUUCUUACCUCAUUGGGUGUGGAAUCUCAUCAUGCCCCAAAAGAAUGUCAACUCAGUAUCUCUAUGUUUGUCACUAUUGUCAUGAGGGCAAUGAUCUUGCCAAAAGGAAUGAACCUUAUAAUGUGGGAGAUCCAUGUGAAGACUGUCCAAAUGACUGUGAAAAUAAACUUUGUACUAACCCCUGCCUCUACUAUGAUGAAUACAAUAACUGUAAGACACAAAAACGUAGUUUUGGAUGCAGCCGCCAGUGGGUUCAACAGUUCUGCAAAGCUAGUUGUCUGUGUGACACGGAGAUAAAAUAA